AUGGAAGAGACCACCAGAACACAAGUUGAAAUUAUAAAAAAGGAAAAUUCUUUUGUAAAAGGAAAUAUACAGGUUGAUAAAAAAAAUGAGAAGAAAGAAAAUUGUACAAAUAAUAAUGAUAAUGUAGGGAAAAAUACGAAUACAAAUGGAAAUGGAGAAGGUAGGUAUUUAUUCAGCCUAUUAGAUCGUUUAAAUAAUUUUAAAAAAUUAAAAUUAAAAACAUCAGAAAAUGAUGCAAGUUUAUCUAAAGAGAAUAAGGUCAUAGAUAAUGACAUCCAACAAGUACCAGAAGGCGGAGCAGAAAAAAAAGACCAUAAUAAUAAUAAACUUGAUAAAAUGAUAGAAAAGGAGUCUCAAAUUAUUGAAAAGGAGACUCAAAUUAUUGAAAAGGAAACUCAAUUUAUUGAAAGGAAGUCUCAAAUUAUUGAAAAGGAGCCUCAAAUUAUUGAAAGGAAGUCACAAAUUAUUGAAAGGAAGUCACAAAUUAUUGAAAGGAAGUCACAAAUUAUUGAAAAGGAGACUCAAAUUAUUGAAAAGGAGUCUCAAAUGAUCGAAAAUGACGAUCCAAGAAUUUUAAAGGAUAAUCCAUUGAAUGAACAAAAUGAUAACAAGAGUAAUAAUGUGUGCACCCUAAAUUAUAUAAAAAAAAAAACCUCUUUGGAUAAUGACCAUAGCAGAAUUAUUAAAAAUAACGAACCCAAAGAACACAUAAAUCAAGAAGCACUUGUUAGAAGCAAGAACCCAUAUGCUGAAUCUAAAUUAGAAAAAAUAGAACAACUAUUUGAAGAAAUAAAAAAACAAGAAGAUUUAUAUGUUGAUGAAAUAGGUAGACUAUUAUUAUUAUCUUUCGAUAAUUUGUGUACUCUUCUUGUUGACCAAAUUAAAGAUGUAAAACUUGGAAGUAAAGAUAUAGAAAUGUUUUUAAGAGGAGAAAUCGAGAAAAUAAAAGAUAAUAAUAAUAUGUUAAAUAGAUAUUUAAUAAAAAUGCAGAAUGAAAAGAAUGAUAUGUUAUUUAAUAUGAAUGAUAACAUGUUGAAUGAUAUUAAAAUAUCUUUUUAUGACAUUUUUGAAAAAAUGUUAAAUGGUGAAUAUAAAAAAGAAUUUGAAGAACAUAUAAAAGAAGAUAAGAAUAAAAGAAUUAUAUAUAUAAUUUUAUGUAAGAAGCAAAUUAUUUAUAUUUUAGAGGAGUUAUAUAAAAAUGUUUAUAAGAACAAAAUAAAGGAUGAAAAAUAUAUAAAUAAAUUAUAUAAUAUGAAUAAAUUUAUGUAUAUAUUAAAUAAAGCAAAUAACAAUUCUUUUAAUAAUAAUAUAGUUGAAAAGAAGAAUCAUAUCAUUGUAAAUCAUGUAGAAAAUUUAAAAAGAGAAACCGAACAGGUAGAAAGUGUUUUAGAAAAUGUUAUUGAAAAUGUGUUAGAUGAUGAAGAACAGUCAUUUGAGAAAAAGGAAAAAAUAAAUAAAAUCAUGGAUAGAAAUUUUCUUGAAGAUAAAUAUGUUGAAAAAAUAGAUCGUAUACAUGAUUCAGAUAUAUUUGAAAAUAACCAUGUAUUGAGUAAUGAUACUAAUGUUAGUUUAGAAAGUAAUGCAAGUAAUAAAACGAACCAAAUAAAUAAGUUGAACUUAAAUAAACAAAUAUCUAACUGUUUUAGUAAGGAUAAUAAUAAUAAUAAUGAAACACAAUUCAGUUUGUCUACAUGUUUAACAGAAUCAUCUUUUAUGGAUAAAAAAAUGAAAGAAAAUAGUUCAAAAGAAACAAAUAUUACAAAUGAAAAUCAAAAUGGUGAGGACUAUUCGAAUGAUAUUUUAAAUAAUAAUGAUAAUAUGAAUAAUGUUCAUUGUGAUAAUAGUACUUUUAUGAAAAUACAUUAUAAUGACCAAUUUAAUAAUCACUACCCCAUCACCAUUAAUAAUAAUAAUAAUGAUAGUAAUAAUAAUAAUAUGUACAAUAAUAUGAGCAAUAAUAUAUACCAUAAUAUUAGCAACAAUAAUAACAAUAUUAGUAAUAAUAAUAUGAAUAAUAAUAUGAACAAUAAUAUGAACAAUAAUACCACCAAUAUUAAUAACAAUAACCAAUUUAAUCAUACACAUUUUAAUAAUAAUUUAAUUAAUCAAUAUAAUGAUCAAUAUAAUAUUCCAUUGAAUAAUCAUUUAAAUAAUCAGCUAACGACUCAAGGAAAUUGUAAUAUGAAUAAUGAACUAUCAAAACAACUAUCGAACCAAUUUAAUAACCAAGUAAAGAGUCCUUUAAAUAAUAUUGUAGGAAGUGCAAAUAAUUUAGUUAAUGAAUACUUUAGUGAUAUGAUGGUUUAUAUUUCUUGGGUACCUAAGAGUGCUAGGUGUCAAUAUCCUAGGGAGUUACCAAAAAGUGCAGCUGAACGAAAUAAACUAAGUGAAUAUAUCGUAGCUAAAGAACAAAUGUUGUAUAUUUUAAGAGUGAUGGGUUAUGACGAAAUAGAUAAUAUUUAUUUCCAUCCACCAAAAGGGUCACAUAUAAAAAUAAAAUUUAAAAGUAUGAUAUGUAUGAAUAAUUUUUUGAAAGCGUAUAAAAAUACUCCUGAUAAAUGGAAAGAAGAUAUGUUUCGAUUUUUUAAUAUUCCUUUGAGAAGUAGUAUAUCUGUUCGUGAUCUUAGAAUUGAAAGAGCUGUUCCCAGAUCAUCUGCAGCUGAAUUUAAGAAGAUGAAAAAGUUGAAUAAAAAUUAUCAAGAUUUAUUUUUAUUUAAGGAUAAUUUUAAUGUAUGUGAAGAAGACAUGGAUACUAUAGAGAAUAUGGAAAAAUUAGAUUUCCAUUAUGAUACAUAUAAUAAAAAUGUGAUAUUACAAAAUAAAAAUGAUAUUACCAUGAAUAAACUUUUAAAUGAAGAUAAAAAUAGUCUUUCCAAUAUGAAAAAUGCAAAUAUAAAUAUUCAUGAUGAAAACUAUCCUAAUAAUAAUAUUAAUAAUAUUAAUAAUAAUAAUAAAAAUAAUAAUAUUAUUUUAUUAGAUGAACAUCACCACCACCACAAUAAUAAUAAUAAUAAUAAUAGUAAUAAUAAUAAUAAUGCCAUUGUGAAUAAUUCUUUAUCCAUACCAGUUGCUGGAAUUAAUAGUUAUUAUGCACCUGGUGUAAAUGUACAUGGAUUUUUAGGAAGUAAUAAUGCUGUUAUGAUGAAUAAUACCAUAACAAAUAAAACUAAUAAUGAUUUAAAUAACCUAUGUAGUAGUAGUACCGGUGCAAAAAAUUAUAUGAAAGAUAUUAAUAAUAGAUUAUUUGUAGGAACAAAAAUAGAUAAUAAUACUCUGAAUAUAAAUACUGAUCAUUUUAACACAGACGUUAUGAAAAAUAUACAUAACACCCUUACCACAACAACAACUACUACUAUGAUAAAUAAAAAUGAAAAUGAUAUAAUGAAUUAUAAUAAUUUGAAUCAUAAUAAUACUAUGUUUGCUUCUAGAACCUCAUCAUCAAGAAAUAAUAACAACAAUAUUAAUAUUAAUAGUAAUAUUAAUGUGAACAAUAACAAUAAUAAUAAUAAUGUUAAUAAUAAUAAUAAUAAUAUUAAUAAUAAUAAUGGUAGUAAUAAUAUGUAUCUUCUGAAAAAUAAAAGCUUGAAUAGAAAUGGUUCUAUUUUAUCUAAUCUUAAUUUUUUGAAUACGAACAAUUAUAACAACAACAAUAAUGAUAAUAAUAACAAUAUUAAUAAUAAUAAUAAUAUUAAUAAUAAUAAUAAUAUGCUGAGUAGUGCUAGUGUAAAUUUAAAUAACGCCAACCUCAAUAAUAUAAAUAGUAACACCAUAAAUAAUAAUACUAACAUGAAUAGUACCAACAUAAUGAAUAAUAAUAUUUUAAGUAAUAACAUAUUAAGUAACAAUAAUGUGAAUAAUACAAAUAAAGAUUUUUUGGCAAAUAAUUUCAAUCUUAAGAAAAACACACAUUAUGCUUCUCUUACAAGCAAUGGAAAUAAUAUGAAUUUAUUGAAUGAACAAUUUAUUUCAUAUAAUAGUAAUACUGAAAAUAUUAAUAAUAUGAAUAGUAAUAAUAUGAAUAGUAAUAAUAUGAAUAGUAAUAAUAUGAAUAGUAAUAUUAUGAAUAGUAAUAAUAUGAAUAGUAAUAAUAUGAAUAGUAAUAAUAUGAAUAGUAAUAAUAUGAAUAGUAAUAAUAAUCAUAUUAAUAAUAAUCAUAUUAAUAAUCAUCAUAUUAAUAAUCAUCAUAUUAAUAAUCAUCAUAGUAAUAAUCAUCAUAUUAAUAAUCAUCAUAUUAAUAAUCAUCCUGGUAAUCAUAAUAUGAAUGCACAUGCUGAUAAAAAUGUUGCAUAUGUAAAUCCUUUAAAUAAUAAUAUAGAUAUAAAUAGUAAAAAGGAAAAUAAUUUACUUUUGGCAAAUUAUAAAAAUAGCUAUUUGAAUAAUACUAAUAGUGGUAGUAAUACUUUUUCAAAUUGUGGACAAAGGGUUAAUCAAUUAAAAUGUUUAAACACUUAUAAUAAUAAAUUGAAUGAAGAAUUAUUGAAUGAAGAAUUAUUGAAUGAAAAAUAUGUAAAUAAUGAGGAUUUAAAAGAUGAUUUGAAAAAUUUAAUUAAUAUAGAUUUUAUUAACGAUAUUGAUAUGGAAUAUGAAGAAAAACAUUCAUAUAAUAAUGAAACUUUUUUAAGAACAUCAAAUUCUAGUUUAUUACAAAGACACACAUAUCCAAAGAAUUUCCCAUCACCUAAUGAAAAUACUUUACUUACAGUUGUUUCCUCUACAUCCAAUAAUGGUAACAUUAAUAAAAUGAGAGAAUACCAAACAAAUUAUGACAAACUUCCAUAUAAUAAUGUUAUGAAUUGUGAUGAACAAAAUUAUAUGAUGAAUUUUAAUCAAACAAAUAAUGAUAAUAAUAAUGAUAAUAAUAAUGAUAAUAAUAAUAAUAAUAUGUUUCAUGAUGAUUUUCCACAUACUAAUCUACAAUUAAAUAGUAGUAAUAAUAAUAAGCUUCUUCAUUUAUCGAGUUUUAAUAGUAGUACUCCUACUAAUGGUGCUAUCGUGAUAGAUGAUUUUAAUUAUUAUCAAGAUGACAAAUUUAACGUACAUAACAAUAAUAAGAAAAUUUUAUAUACAAACUAUUAUAAUUCUUGUGAAAUGCCUAGUCCAAAUUCUAAUAUGAAAAAUAAUCAAAAUACAACAUUUAAUAUGGAUGCAACAAUUAAUGAUAAUUAUACACAUAUGGAAAAUAUAAAACAUAAUAAUAACAAUAGUAUCAACAUUAAUAAUAAUAAUAAUAACUCUUUAUAUAGAAGUACUUUAAAUCCAAAAAAUUUUUUGAAUGAUUUAACCUUAAAUAAUAAUUAUACUAAUUAUGAUGAUAAUUUUAAAGAUAUCAAAAAAAAUGAUGAAAAAAUGAGAGAUUAUAAUAUCAUCAAAGUUAAUGAUGAGGAUAACAAAAAUUUUCUAAGUUACCCUUUUCAUGCAUCUUCACACAUAGAUACUGAUCAAAAUUUUACAAACAGUUAUGUAAACUUUUUUUAA